AUGGCACCCAUCGGGAGYCUCAUCACACUCCUCAUCGCAGGUCUCGCGGUAGCGUCUCCGGCACCUGUUCAGAAACGGGAACUUAUCACUGCGGAUCUCAUAAUCAGCAACGUAGACGGCAUCGACAACGGCGUGGAGCACCUGCGCAGCCACGUCGCCGCAUACGACGGCUCCCUCUUAUCCGCCUCCCCACUUGUGGGUGAUUUCCUGGAGAUCACCGUUGCCAACAGAGCCGGUUUCACGAAUGCCAACUUGAAAGCUGCACCUUUCGACGCAGCAGACUCGACGAGAAUUGUCGAUUUCGUCAUUGACAGCGUUGGGCACAGCAUUCCGGCGGCAGUCAAAGAGACCGUGGCGAAGAAGGAACUGUUUGUGGAGAACGGGCAGGGUGGCCUCAUAUCCGGAAGUCUGAAUGUUCUUCUGUACGAGCACGAUAGCUUUUCAGCAGCGCUGCAGAAGAAGAUCUCUGCGGACCAGGUCAGGGCACAGGCUGUCGUCGACAAGAUCCACAAUGCCAUACAGAGUGGUAUUGAUGCAUUCGCUGCUUGA